UUGUUUUUCUAUUUUGUCUUACAGCCCUAAACCUAAGACGGAGGCCAUGGUACGAUCACCUACUGUCAUGUCCCCCUCUACUGCCGCCCAGAUGGACUCUAAAAUGCCCAAUCAGGGGAAACCAGGGAGCACUGGCAGCCAAUCACAGUCCUCACCCUGUGAUCCCAAGAACCUGGGCAAUAAAGGGGCUCAGAAUGUGGCAGGGGGUAUGGGGCUAAGGAAUGGACAGGGUCUGACCUCUGGCCCAAGCUCCAAGGUUAAGGUCAAAAGGGAGAGAAGCACCUCAGUGGAGUCGUUUGAACAGCCAGAGAGCGGCACACCCACAAGUGAAGAAAAAGACAGUAGCAGGAUGAAGAGGAUGUGUGUGGCAGAGAGAAGGCAGCCGUACAGUGGGGCUGACUGGUGCUCUGGGGGAGAGAGUGAUGAAGAUGACAAAGGAUUCUUCAACUGUAACUCCAGCGAUGUGAAGCCCCAAGACUCAGUCACACAUUCUACCUCCAAUGCCGGACUCAGUCGCUCCUCCACACCUUCUCACAAUACACUGGGAGGCCAGGGCUCCACAACAGAACCAGCCAGCGGCCAGAAACCAGGCACAAAACUUGUUUACGUCUUCUCCACAGAGAUGGCAAACAAGUAAGUAACCUGAGUUUCCUUUUGUGU